CGUCUGGGCCCCGCCCACUCCGCAGGCUGCCAUGGCGUCAGACGAAGGCAAGCUUUUCGUGGGGGGGCUGAGCUUCGACACCAACGAGCAGGCGCUGGAGCAGGUCUUCUCCAAGUACGGGCAGAUCUCCGAAGUGGUGGUGGUAAAGGACAGGGAGACCCAGCGAUCCCGCGGCUUUGGCUUUGUCACCUUUGAGAACAUUGAUGACGCUAAGGACGCCAUGAUGGCUAUGAAUGGGAAGUCUGUGGAUGGGCGGCAGAUCCGAGUGGACCAGGCCGGCAAGUCUUCAGACAACCGCUCCCGCGGGUACCGAGGUGGCUCUGCUGGAGGCCGAGGCUUCUUCCGAGGGGGACGCAGCCGGGGCCGCGGGUUCUCCAGAGGGGGAGGAGACCGGGGCUACGGAGGUGGCCGCUUUGAGUCCCGGAGUGGGGGCUACGGAGGCUCCAGAGACUACUAUGCCAGCCGGAGUCAGGGUGGCAGCUACGGUUACCGGAGCUCGGGCGGGUCCUACCGAGACAGCUACGACAGUUACGCUACACACAACGAGUAAAAGCCCGGCGUCCAGACCGUCCGCCAUGGCUGUAAUUAAGAUGGGGAUCCGCUGAAGGCUGUCAGUGAGCACCUGUCCCCAGUUUUUAGUCCAGCCUGCUUCCGACCCCGAUGGCCUCGUGACCAGACUUUCUGUUAAGGAAGCGCUGUCUUUUUAAGCGUUGUAAAAGACGUUUUGGAAAGCACUUCAGAUCUUACUUUUUUACCAUGAGCCAUGGGUUUGUGUUUUUUCUAAAUUGUCGGGGUUGUGUGGGUUUUGUUGACUCGUUUUUGUUUUUUCGGGUUUUUCGGUUGUGUUGUUUUUCCUUUUUUGUGUGGUCGCCGUGAAGUCUGGCGCCCCGCCCUCCCGAGAUGACAUGGACUCGAUUUGAGCAAGCCUGGGUCUGCGACGCCAGCCCCGCCGCGGAGCGCAGCAGGCCCGGCCACCGGGCACAGGCCGCUGCCCGGGCGCGGGUCCGGGAGGCCGGCAAGUGUUUAUUUAUAGUGUCCUUUUUUACCGAAGACGACAUGCAUACUCCAUCGACGUUGUAUCCGCAGUGCUGAGGAUUCUUGUACGCAGUUUCUCUGGCUUCACGAAGCCGAUUAAAAGACCGUGUGAAACGAA